AUGACGACGACGACGACGACGACGGAAGCGGCGGUAGCGAGGAAGAGACGAAGAAGACGAAAACGAAGACGAUGCCGACGACGACGACGACGAUGCCGACGCCGACGUAGCAAGGACGAAUCGCGAACGUCGGUAUUCGAGGCGCGGCACAAAGAGGAUAGGAGAAGGUUGAUGGAAAGGUCGAGCGGGGCAGACGAGAGAGAAGCGGACGGGCGGGCCGGGGGAGAGCGAGGGGAGACCUACCCGGGGGUCGAGGCGGAGGGUCGCGCGAUUAAUUCGCAGAACGGCGAAGGAUAUUCCCGCGGCUGGCCCCAUAUAAGCCCUCCUGCCUUCCCCACGUCCCCUGCCGUCACCGCCGCCACCAUCACCAACCGCCCCCGCGCUUCUCCCGCUUCGCCUCGCCUCGCUCCACCGCUGCCGCUGCCGCUGCCGCCGCCGCCGCCGCCGCCGCCGCGGCUCGUAUCCCCCUCGCCGCUUCACCCCCCUGGCACGCCACCGUUUCUCUUCUCAUCUCCACCGGUGUCCGCGGCAUUAGGCGUCGAUCUACCGAGAUACGGAGAUCGAGCCGGCGAGAGCGGUGGUGCGCCUCUGGCCUCGUCGAUGCCAAGCACGUCUGCCUUUUGGGGCGCUCCCGAGCACAUAUAUGUAGACAGUUCUACAUCUACAGAGAUACUGAAUUAA